AUGGGGACACACAGGCCCAGGACAAGGGCUGCGGGUCCGGGCCGAGGCGGGGGCCGCCCGACGCGCUGUGGUCCCUCGGCAGAGCUCAUCCAGACGGAGAUCCACCACGUGCGCACGCUCAAGAUCAUGGCCAACAUGUUCCGCAAGGGGAUGCUGGAGGAGCUGCAGCUGGAGCCCGCCACCGUGCAGAGCAUCUUCCCCUGCGUCGACGAGCUGGGCCAGAUCCACGAGCGCUUCCUGGCCCAGCUCCUGGAGCGCCGCAAGGAGUCCCUGGCGCAGGACAGCAACAAGAACUUCGUCAUCAACCGCCUCGGCGACAUCCUCGUCAACCAGUUCUCGGGCGCCGGCGCGGAGCAGCUCAAGAAGGCCUAUUCCGAGUUCUGCAGCCGCCACAACAAGGCCGUGAAGCUCUACAAGGAGCUGCUGGCCCGGGACAAGCGCUUCCAGCAGUUCAUCCGGAGGAUGACGCGGUCCCCGCUGCUGCGCCGGCACGGGGAGAUGGGGAUCCUGGAGGACCAGAAUGCCAGGGAAUGGGCAUCCUGGAAGACCAGCCUACCAGGAGAUGCCAGGGAAUGGAGAUCCUGUAAGACCAGCCUACCAGGCCUACCAGGAGAUGCCAGGGCAUGGGGAUCCUGA